AUGAAAAAUGCUUCUGUCAAAGCCAACAGAUCGUCUGUCUCCUUGAAUGACCAGGGCCGCCUCUUAUCGCCGUCGUCAUCAAACGAUACCCACUCAAAUGUCUCCUAUGAGUUGGGAUUACAGCGUCAUAGUAUAUCGCUGGAUGAUUUGAUGGAUGGAAAUACUGGGUACUCUCGCACCGAUGAUGGCUGGCAUGGAGCGACAGAACCACAGAUAUUCUCUCAUACGGCCUCUGACUUUUCCGACUGGCUAUCAGCUAUGUAUGAAGGUGUCUUUGAGGCCGUCUUUGGAUCCUGGCUCGGAAACUACAGCUGCCCAUUUGCAUUCGGUGAAUCAGGAAAUUCAACGACCGGUAAUCCUGAUUUAUCUCUAUCAGUCAGCAUUUCGUCUCUGUGUAGAAGGUUCGACCACUUGAUGAAAGGCUUAGAAAAAGAAGGCGAAAAUGACCUUCAUCUUCCGCCACUGAACCAAGAGGAAUUAACAAAAGAAUACCAAAUUGAUAACACCUUGAGUCAAGCCAUCCAAGCAUUUUCUGCGCAAUGGCUACCUUUGACUUUCACUACAACCUCACAAAAGAUCCGACAACUCCCGAUCAUUCAGGGGCUCUGGCGAGACUUGCGAAAGAGCCUUCCUCGGUCAAUGAAUAGACCAUGCUAUCGGUCCAUGCUGAGCUUAUAUCUAUACGCGAUGGUUCCGGUGCCAGUCGGUAUACCAGAAGAGGAAGAAGAGAACGACACCUCCCUUAUCUACCCGGAACAGGUUCGGAUCGACUUCAUGAAAAUUGAAAACAUGAUCUACUGGGCGGCGAUGACGUUUGACACCUCGUCUUCACUGACGUUAAACACUACAUCAGUUCUCUCGGCUGGCUUGCUAGGCUGGGAGUCAGAAGCAUGCUGGCGCCUAGUCAAAACAUGCACAAACAUAUUCCAUGAACAGUCCGAAGACUGGAGAGCCAAUGGGGUGCUGAUCACCGAAGAAACAGCAAAUCAGAUCAUCGCGGCGGCACAAGCCUGGAAGCUUCGCGUUUGGAAAAUGGGCACGAUUCUCAAGGAGGCGCUCCGGGAGGGUCAUGGCGAGGAAGCGGUAUAUCAUGCACAUACCUGUGUAGCGGACGUCAUCCAAACAUUCAAUGUCACCUACCGCCCAUUACUUGCUGCGUGUGAGCGUCGGCUUCAGUACUUAUCCCAAUACACAAAGAUUCGCUGGUCAGACGAGUUGAUGAUACACCACAAUCUGGCUAUUCUCAUCACAAUUGACGCCGUGGAGAUUGCCUCGAGGACUGAUAUACUAGAGGAAUUACUCAUAACAAGGUCCGACACGGAGGGCUGCUUGCUCAACUGCUUGAAAUUUGGACUGAGCAAUUACUUUACCAUACCCAAGAACCAGGUCGGCGAAGGCAACGUCGGCCCGUUUGCAUUAGUUGCAGUUGAUCCUUACCCCCAUCACGUAGUGGCUAGUGUCCAGCUGCUAUGGAAAAGGUUAGUACAGGACUUCAAUGAUGGGAAAGUUGAUCAGGCUGCGUAUGGAGACAUGCAGUCCACUCUGUUACAAAUUUUGGAACUGCUGCCACAAACCUCAAAGUCAGUUCGUAAGGCCACAGAGCAGGCUCGGAUGGCUUUGGCGUCUCAUAAUUAG